GUCCCAAACAGCUCCGCCCGAAGCUGAGACAGGGAGACGAGCUGUUCCCAUCGAUCCUAACGCCGGCCCGCCAAAAAGCGACCAAGAGGAAGCAGAACCGAUGCAGAGUCCAAUUUCUCUCCAGCGGUUCGCCUGGUUCUUGGCGCCAAAACCAACCACCGGGCCGUCCCCGGCCGGAUCUACACGACACGUCAGCCACGUAACCGACAACCCUCCGCCUCGCUAAGUAGUCCGGCCUAGGAUGUCUGGAUACACGCUUUUUCACCGCAAAAGGCGUUCGGCGAAAAGCCAGCGAGCCUCGGGGGUGCAUCCCCCCUCUGUUCGAAUGGAAACGUGGGUCCUCUGAUCAUUUUCUCUUCACAGAUCCCUCCGCCAGUCAUGAUAUUCGCUGAGACUCCACUUCCGGGUCCGCCAUUUUGUUGCCUCCAUUUCUCCACGAGGGGGGGGUAAAGGCCCCCAAAAUAUGCAUAUAUGAAAAGGCCAAAAAGUAACCGUCACUGACAGGGAGUCUUAACUAGAGAAGGAAACGGGACCAAACUGGCGGGCUCGGUCAAAGCGCAGCCGGCAGCGUCCCGGACGAGGAGAUGUCUCUGGUGGACUUGGGGAAGAGGUUGCUAGAAGCAGCACGGAAAGGCCAGGAUGAUGAAGUGAGAACAUUGAUGGCAAAUGGCGCCCCGUUCACCACAGACUGGCUUGGAACGUCACCCCUCCACCUUGCAGCCCAGUAUGGCCAUUAUUCCACAGCAGAAGUGCUCCUUCGAGCAGGCGUCAGCAGGGAUGCCCGAACCAAGGUGGACAGGACCCCCUUGCACAUGGCGGCCGCUGAUGGACACACGCACAUCGUGGAACUUCUCGUUAGGAAUGGUGCAGAUGUGAAUGCCAAGGACAUGCUGAAGAUGACAGCUUUGCACUGGGCCACCGAGCACCACCAUCGAGAUGUUGUAGAGCUGCUUAUCAAAUACGGAGCUGACGUCCAUGCUUUUAGCAAGUUUGACAAAUCUGCCUUUGACAUAGCUCUGGAGAAAAACAAUGCUGAGAUUCUGGUCAUCCUUCAGGAAGCCAUGCAGAAUCAGGUGAAUGCUCAUCCCGAAAGAGCCAACCCUGUGACCGUGGCUACCCCGCUUGUCUUCACGUCAGGAGAAGUCGUCAGCCUUGCUAGCCUCGUGUCUUCAGCCAACACCAAAGCAACCUCAGGUGCCCCCCAUGCCUCCUCAGCAGUGCGCCUCUCAAAUUCCACCACCUCAGUGCUGGCCACCCUCGCAGCCCUGGCCGAGGCAUCAGCCCCCCUCUCUAACUCACACAGAGCCACAGUUAAUUCAGAGGAAAUCAUAGAAGGAAACUCUGUUGACCCAUCAGUCCAACAAGUGGUGGGGAGUGGAGGCCAGAGGGUCAUCACCAUAGUGACGGAUGGCGUCCCCUUGGGCAACAUCCAAACUGCAAUCCCUGCUGGAGGCAUUGGCCAGCCAUUUAUUGUAACCAUGCAAGAUGGACAGCAAGUUCUAACUGUACCUGCUGGUCAGGUUGCAGAGGAGACUGUAAUUGAAGAAGAAGAUGAAGAUGAAGAAGCAGAGAAGUUGCCAUUGACUAAGAAACCAAGGAUCGAAGAGAUGACAAACAGCGUGGAGGAAAGCAAGGAAGGCACUGAGCGAGAGCUGCUACAGCAGCAGCUCCAGGAGGCCAACAGAAGAGCCCAAGAGUACCGGCACCAGCUCCUGAAGAAGGAGCAGGAGGCCGAGCAGUACCGCCUCCAGCUGGAGGCCAUGGCCAGACAACCGCCCAAUGGCGUCGAUUUCGCCGUAGUGGAAGAGGUGGCUGAGGUCGAUGCCGUAGUGGUCACAGACGGGGAGACGGAGGAGAGAGAGACGGAAGUGACUGGAGCAGGAGGGACCACCAAGCCUCGCGGGGGAGUUUCCAUGGAAACUGUUUCAUCUUAACGUACAAGGGCCACAAUUUGUACUGUGUCCAUCUUUUUCCUCUUUUUAAAAGAAAAUACAGAGGACAAACACCGCGUAAAAGCUAAGGAUGUCCUUAAGAAGAAAACUAUAGCAGCGUCGAAUGCUUAUGCUCAGGAAGGCUCUCUGUGCAACUGGAAAAAUCAAAGCCAAAUUUAGGGAGCACUUCUGAGGGCCAAAGAAUAGGGACCAGAUUUCUCAGCUACGUCACUGCUUUGAGCAUAGAGGUAAAAGAAUGCCGUGUGCUGUAGACUGAUUGUUUUUUAAAUAACUGACUUUCUAUCAGAAGAUUUUACUGUCAAAAGUUUUUGAGAAAACAUUCCUAACGCGGACACACCCAGGGCCUUUAAUAGCUGCACCAUCAAGUGACCUGAAAACUUGCCUUAGAUUCAUGAUAUGUGUCUGUUAGAGAAGACACUAGUUGGGAGCAGGGCUAGGAGCGAGUUCAGGUAAAGAGAAAGGAAUAUGUUUUGCUUCCAAUGGAGCAGGCGCUUCCUACCAUCCUGAGUUCAUUUCACUGAAAAGAAAUCUGUGAUUGCCUGACUAAAUUUGCAUCCAUUGUGUCCAUAGCUCAGAUGCCAGUUUAAGAAACUGAAAUGUAAUUUUUAAAAACUGGAAAGGAAAGAAAACUUGUUUAUGUGGGAGAAGUGUAUAAAAACCCAGAACCCUCCGGGCUGCACUUUCACAAUGCUGGAACGGAGCCAGAAAGAGGCUGCUGGGGUUAGGAAACAAUCUGGUGUUGAGAUACAAACUUUGUUCUGGCUGGAUUUUAUGAAACGGCAGUCAGCAUGGCGGUCUGUCAGCAGAACAACUUGCUUCCAGUUAUUUACGUCAUGUCAAGCUUUAAUAUCAACUCUUUAAUUUGUAAAAUUUGUUGUUUUCUAAGCGUGCCUUUCUGUGGAGCUUAUGUGAUAUCCCCUUAUAUGAAGAAGGGGCUUAGGAGAGCUGAGUGCCGUGAGGAUGCUGCAUAGUUCUCUUGUCCUUUGACCUGGAGUGAGCAGAUGGCUCUGCUUCCUUAAGGGAAGACCUUGUGCCUUAUAGGUGCUCAGUGUUGGGGAGCAAAGGCUGUGAGAACCAAGGAGUCUGGCCAGAUACUUCGUCUGCCUCACUCCCUUCUCUCCCGCUACGCCUGCUCCCUUUGCCUAGACAUUUUUGGAAAGUGUUUCAUUGCUGGGUUUUCUUCGUGUGCCAGCUUGGAGUUUUAUCAAAAGAAAGGGAACUAUGGAUGGAGAGGAAAAGGUCGUGGAGAAGUUACAUUAUGGAGGUUGUUGCCUUUGAAAUUUGGCCCUCAUCGUUCUUGACUUGCCUGCUUGCUUUGCUGUAAAUGAGAAGAAGAAACCAGAGGGAGAUGUGCCAAGUAAACAUCUGAAUGACUGUUUAGAAUAUGGUUUUCUUAAUUAGCGAUCAUGGGGAAAGCAUACAUUUUUAAUUUGGUAUAAAACUUGACAGUUAACGUGGUUCUAUUUACCUUGAUUAGUGAAGUAAUUUGCCGCAGUUUUCCAGAGGUGAAAAAUUAUUUGGGGCUCAAAAUAGACUGAAAACAGAACUCCCCGAACCAAGUUUAACAAACAGGAUUGGCUGUUAGAGGCCUGUAGGCAAAAAUUUCAGUUUUGAAAUUAAUUUUGACUACUGGCCACCUUAGCUGGGUUUUGUCUGUUGACUUGAGGACUCCGGGCUGUUGGGGAUGACAGAGAAAUGCAGUGGGGGAGCCCAAGUGGGGUGACGGUGAAACUGUGGUCUUUGCUCUCACAUCAGCCUGUUUCUGUUCGUGAUUUUUUUCCCCGAGUCCUUUUGAGAACCAGGUGCUAACAAUAAGCUGCUGUCAUGUGCCAUUUCAGAGACUUGGCUUACCUGCAGAUGGACCAGGUGUCAUUUUAGAUGUUUCGUUUAUGUUCUUGGUGUCUCUGUCAACUUUAAUUCCUUUUUUUUUUUUCUUUUUUGUUAAGGGGGUGGGGGUUAACACUGCAGAAGGUACCCAGGCCCCUCCACCUCCUUCUCCAGGGUGGCCUCUGGCUGGGGGUGAAGAGUUCCCAUCCAGCAUUCCAUUUUGAGCACACUGAGUCCCAACCAUUUUGGGGAGCUGUUUAUCAGUUGUUUCUCCUUCUGCAGGAGGCUGCCAUUCCCACCCAGAAAAAACUCUAGUACAGCCCAGGUCAUUUUUGACGAUGGGCUCUCUGAGACCAGCAGUUAAAGGACGGGUUGGGGUUAAGGAGAGGGAGAAGGGAGAUAGAUGUCUGGAGAAAGAUGAGUACCAAAAAGAUUUUUGUUCUUAUUUACUCUUAAGAGACCUUCUAGCAUCCCAGAAGAGAGAAGAAGGCUUUGGUCUCCAGGUGUUUUGCCGUGGAGAGAAUGGCAAGUCAGCACCUCCCGGAGUAGUUAGAAGUUUACAUUUUAAAUCAGGAAUGGCAGUGCCCUUGUAUGAUUUUGCAUUUCUUUCUGGAUCAGCCAUGGAAGUUGGGACAGUGUGGCUGGUCUUCUGGGUUGGGGGCUUCGAGCUGGCUUCUCGGCAAGGUUGGAUGACAGAAUCAGAUAGACGAGUGCUUCAGAGUUGGUGCUCGAGCAGGGGGACCCGGGUCCUGGGGUGGCUGCCUUCUUAAAAUAAAGCUGCCUUAAUGAUAUCAGUAUUAACGUAGGAUCUUCAGACCCUACCUUUGCAUUUUAUCUACAGCCUUCCCCCAAAAAAGAGAGAAAAAAUAAACUUUAUUAUCUC